AUGCAACGGAAACCGUCACGCAGCACCUGCCAACCGUUGCGGGUGCAGCUCGUUGCAAACUGCUCGCUCGCUCUGCUGCCAUCCCGCCGAGCCCAAGCUGGAGGGAGCAGCAGGACCCUGGCCAUGAGGCUGCUCUCGGGCUUGGGCAGGGCCCUGCGGGCCCGGUGGGGCCUGGGGCAGAAGCAGGCCCAGCGGCCCAGAGCCAAGCGCAGGCCGGAGAAGCCCAGCAAGGCCCGGGAGUUCGCCCGCAGCCUGGGCGGCCUCGCCCUGGGCCUGCUGCUGGCCACCAUUUAUGGGGCCCUGGUGCUGCUGGUGCAGGGCCACAACGUCUGGUACUGCCUGAGCAUCACCGUCCUCAUGGGCGCCGCGCUGGGCCUGGGCAUGGCCUUCUCCAUGAAGAUCCGGAUGAUCGUGCUGCUGGCACUGCCGCAUUUCUUCACCAAGGAGGGGAAGAUGGUGGUCAUGAUGCUGGCGCUGUGCCUGACCUUGCAAGGCCCUGGCACCAAUCUCCUGCAAAACGUCUCCCAGGUCGCCAAGGCGCUGUCAUGUGGGGCUGAACUGGCCCAAAACCAGACAGCUGAGAGAGUGCAACGUGCCAAGGAGCCACUGCUGAACAUGCAGAGGAAAAUCAAGGAGAUUGGCCAGAAUGCCAAGGUGCUGGGUGACCGUGUCCGUAAGUUCGUCCGCUCCAUCAUCGACUCCACCAGACACAUUGCCCGGGCCCUGCGCACCGUUUGGCUGUGGCUGUCGAGGGCUGGCAACAUCUGCAACCGUGAGCUGGGGGAUCCCAAGACCAGCUGCUUUCGCUACAUGGACAGGGCCAAGGACAGGUGUGAGCGCGCCCUGCCCGUCCUCUUCCACAUCUGCUACGUGGUCCUCAGCUUCAAGGCGCUCUGCGGCACCCCUCUCUCUGCAGUUACUUUGUUGUUCUGCACCAUCCCAGCGUACAUCCAGAGCUUCAUCCGGGCCAGCGUGGCAGCUCCCCUCACGGAUGCCCUGAACCGUGUCCGCGCCGAGUUUGAGUUCAACAUCUCGGUCACGCACCACUUCAGCGUCAACCUCAACGCCAGCAAGAGCCUGGGCGAGGUGUCUGCCGAUAUAAUGGAGGCCGUGCAGCACAGCAUGGAGCCCUACCACCGUGCCCUGGAGCUCUUCUCCUACGUCUCCUUCUUGGUCGUGCUCUUCUUGUGGUACCGCGCGGUUCGCUACCGGCGCCUCUACCUGCGGGACGACACCUUUGACAACGUUUACAUCACGCGGCGCUUCGUGGAGAUGGACCUGCGCUGUGCGGAGCAGGGCAAGCCCACCGUGCUGCCCCUGUCGGGGCGGGAGAGGGGCCGCUACAUCCCCCCAGGUGCUCUGUGGCUGUCAAAGGCGGAGCGACAGCAGUACGGGCUGCAGCUCUUUUCGUUCCUGCGCCAUACGCUGCUGGGGUUCAGCAUCCUCCUGGCUGACUACACCAUCUUCUGGCUGCUUGGCCUGUUCCGGCACCAGCUGAGCGCCGAGAUCGUUGCCAGGGCGCCGUCGAUAAUGACCAUCAGCGUCAACGGGACUGGCUACACCAGCGAGAUCUACCAGGAUCUGGUCUCUGCCUUCAACGCGCUGCAGGAGGGCGAGGUCUCGGUGCUGUCCCAGGUCUGCCUCAUCGAGCCCAUGGAGCCUGACCACGGCACCUACAUCACCAUAGGAAUCCUGUAUGGUAUCUGGCUCUUCAUCUCUGUCUUCGGUUCCUACCUGGCACGCCUGCGCCGGGCAGUGUGUGCUUACUACUUCCCAACCCGUGAGCAGGAGCGCCUGACCUACCUCCACAACAUCAUCCGGGCACGGCGGGAAUGGGCGCUGUUUGCCCUGAGCCAAGUGGGCACACGACAAUUGGACGAUACUGGGAAAAGCAGGUUCUUCCUUAUCCUCAUCUCCAGGUGCCCUCUCCUAGCUCGCCUCGCUCGCCGCGUGGGCAUCCAGCGCAAACACUGCCUGACCUGUGGGGCAGAAGAGAAGCCAGAUUUCACCGCCUGCAUCACACCCAACUGCAAAGGGCUGUAUUGCAGCCAGUGCUACCAAACCAUGAACAACAUCUGCUCCGUCUGCAAGGCCCCCCUGAGCUACCCGGCCACCGGGGAUGAGGAGCGGGACUCCAGUGACGAGGAGGAGACAGUGGGGCUGCGGCUGGGCGCUGCGCGGGCGCUGCAGGGUCAGGAGCCAGGGCGGCGGCUGCUGCAGCGCAUCAGGGACAUCCUCAAGGGCCGGGGGCUCCCCUUCAGAACCAGGAGGCUACCCGACUUUGACGAGGAGGAUCAAGCUGCGCCAAGGGACAGCGAGCUGCAGGAGGUGGUGGUCUCAGAGACCCCCAGCCGCGUUCCCUCUCCAUCGGAGCAUCCCACGGGCACCAACCCUGGAGCGGAACCCCGUGCUCGGAAACGUCCCAACUCCACCCUGAAGCGAGCGGUGGUCGCGGUGCUGCCCGGCCCGUGCAGCCGCUUCCUCUGGAGCCGGCCCGACCAGUACCGCUGCAGGAAAGCCUUCCUGGGAGCCGGCUUCGGGAUGCUCCUCGGCUUCGCUCUAUAUCUAUAG